CACACUCCAGAAUUUUCUCUCCCAAAACCCCAAACAUUACCGCCCAAACGCCAGCUCUUCUCCUUUCCUCUUCGUCUCUCCUACAUUCUCUCUCCCGUCUCCGAAUCUCGCAAAAUGGAGGCGCCAAUUCACUGCGCACCAGCUCCACACGCUCUUUUCAAAUCCGCCGGCAGCGACGACGACGCUUCCCCCGACUUCCCUCAGCCGGACAUCCAGAUCCUCACCUCCGCCGGCCUCCGCAUCCCCGCACACGCCGCCGUCCUGGCCUCGGCGUCGCCGGUGCUAGAGAGUAUUGUUGACAGUCCGCCCAAGCACAUUAGUAGCUCCGAGAGGGUCAUUCCGAUCCUCGGCGUUCCCUGCGCCGCCGUCGCCGUCUUCGUCCGCCUCCUCUACUCGUCAAGGUACGCAGAAGAUGAGCUGGGGAAGUUUGGGAUCCAUCUUUUGGCACUGUCUCACGUCUACUCUGUUCCAACCCUGAAGCAGCGAUGCGCCAAGGCGGUUGGUCAGAACUUGACCAUUGAUAACGUGGUGGAUGUUCUUCAACUGGCGCGGCUGUGUGACGCGCCUGACCUUUACAUCAAGUGCAUGAAGUUGGUCUCCAGCAACUUCAAACCCGUGGAGCAAACAGAAGGGUGGCAGUUCAUGCAAGACCAUGAUCCCUGGCUCGAGCUCGAGAUCCUGCAGUUCAUUGAUCAAGCUGAACUGAGGAAGAAGAAAGCUAGAAGGCACAGGGAAGAGCAGCGGUUGUACAUGGAGCUCGCGGAGGCGAUGGAUUGCUUAGAACACAUAUGCACAGAAGGGUGCACGAGUGUCGGGCCGCAUGAUGUCGAGCCUAACAGGAAGAGCCAGCCUUGCAGCAAGUUCUCUACUUGUCAAGGGGUUCAGCUUUUGAUCAAGCACUUUGCUGCCUGUAAGAAGCGGGUUAAUGGAGGGUGCUCCCGUUGUAAAAGGAUGUGGCAGCUUCUCAGACUUCAUGCCUCGAUAUGUGACCAACAUAAUUCUUGCAAAGUCCCUCUCUGCAGGCAAUUCAGAUUGAAAAUGCAGCAAGAGGAAAAGGGCGACGACACUUUAUGGAAGUUGCUAGUGAGGAAAGUGGUUUCUGCCAGGGUAAUGUCUACCUUGUCCCCAUUUGCCAAGAGGAAACGAGAAGACAUCGAGCGUAUGCUUCCUCCCCAAAUGAAUUGGACCCAUCAAGCAAAGUAAAUCGUCUUGAGAGCUUCUUCUAGUUUGAAGUAGAAAAUGGGCAUUCAAAAGAUUGUUGUACAUGUGGGGUGAGUGGGGUUCGUUAGUUAUCACUUGUCCCUUUAUGGGUCCGAUGGCUACAUCGAGUAGUAGGAAAUUGCUGUGGAGACGUGAAGAAAAUCAAGCACAAUUGUGUCGUCGUGUGUAUAUUAUAAUUUUUUUUUCUUCUUCUCUU